AUGAAGCCUGCGCGAAAGCCGAGGUUCACCCCCGCUAGCCCCCUGCCUUUGCUGGGGUCGCCGCUGCCUCAUUAUGGAGACGAUGACAACCACGACUGCACCGGUCUGCUGGUGCUGCUGACAUUCCUGAUCGGCUCCAGACGGUCUCUUGAUCACACCUAUUCGCCGUUGACCGACGACAACUACGGCACGGAUGACGAUUUCGAUGAUGACAGGGAGCUCUAUGGGGAUGAAGUCAGUGAGGUCAAUGACGAUUCUCAAACCGAGGGACUGGACUUUAUGAUUCCCCCACAAUUUUUGGCUCGACUUCGAACGUUCCCAUUGUUUAAUAAGGCCCCAAAACUGUUCCACUCCAAGAUUGCCACCAACUUGAAACUUGUGAGCUUUCAUCCUCAACAGUAUAUCAUCCGUCAAGGCGAUGCGCUGAUGUCAAUGUACUGGAUUCUCAAGGGCACAGUGCUGGUGACGUCGACCGAUGGGGAAGCCGUGUUUGCUGAGUUAGCUCCAGGAUCAUUUUUUGGCGAAAUUGGUAUUCUUUAUAAUCGACCGCGAACAGCAACGGUGGUGGCACGCACUCGAGUGCUUCUAGGGGUGCUUACUCUGGAUGCCUUGAAUGGUGUUUUGAAAAAUUACCCUACCAUUGAACGAAGGAUUCGCGAUGAAGCGCAAGAAAGACUCGCUAUGCAAGAGAAGAAGCGUAAGAAGGAUCUCCAGCCAUACUAUCCUUCUGGCAUGGACACUAAUCUUGCUCCGGUAGUGGCAAACUCUAUUGUGGCUCCUGUAGCGAAAGCACCCAUUGCCUCGCAAAUCGAACUCACCCCGGGCCCGCUGAUACCUCCCCAGGCGGGUGGCUCGGCUCUGACUUGCCUUGAUUCGACUAUCUCUGUGAAAGAGUUUAUUAUGAGCCUCCCCAUCUUUGCACAAUUGCCUCUGCGGAUUAUCCAUAAAAUUGCCCUCAUGGCAGAGCCCCUUCGAGCGCCAGCAUUUGACUACAUUUUCCGCAAAGGUGAUAAAGGUCUGGAUAUCUACUUCAUCAUUUCGGGCGAAGUUGAGGUCAUCGACAACGCCAGUACUGAUAAACAAGAGCACGACGCCCCCAGCCAUCUUAAUGAGAAGAUCCUUGCUCGUCUAGGUCCCGGCUCCUACUUUGGUGAGAUUCUGUUCUUGCUGCUUUUGAACAAACGAGUAGACGACACCCGCAGUGCCACCAUACGUGCCAUUCUGACCGUGGAUUUGAUCGUCGUCCGUACUGAAACGCUUCAGCAAUUAUGCAGCCAAUACCCUCAAUUAGUGAAAGACAUGCGCCGUACGGCCGAAGAGCGCAUUAAUAAGAACAAGUAUCACCAGGGGAAAAAUCGGCUAUCCAUCGAGAACUUGAUUAAUCGUGAGAGACUUGGAACUAUGGACCUGCGGCUGCUGAUAAGCCAGGCAUUAGCAGGCCUGGUGGCUCAGUUAGAUGCUAUCCCUCCAAAGGAUUGCUGCGACGGACUAGUAUCACCACCAUUAUGCCUGCCUCAUCUGUCGCGAACGAAUUCACCGGUGCAAAGGAUACAUUCACUUUCUCCUAAGGAGACGUCUCCAUUCACGGGUCUGGGGCUUUUUAACGCUGGUUGGCUGUUUUCCAACAAAGCCACCGCAGCAUCAAAACUGAGACUGGUCUCGCCCAUCACCAUAACUCAUGACUCAGGUCCCUCAUCGAUGCUGCAGGUGCUGCUGCUGACAGGGAGCCAGGCUCGUAAGCGUAAGCUGGUUUACGAUGUGCCGGCAACGACGUUGACACUUCCUCCACUCAAUCCCUUGAGUCCUCUGUUAAACACAUUUGACCACGAUCUGCCACUGCGGCGGGGACUGUUACUGCUGUUCCAGUACAUGCCACAUUCGAAGCGUUUACGACUCGCUCUGGUAACACAAGGUCGAAGACGUUCUUCGGUUCUUGCUAAUCCUUCUCCACUCCCUGACAGAAUCCUCUUGAGAGUGUUUGAGCUUCUCGAUCUCCCCGAGCUUAUGAAGCUCAGACAAGUACUGAGACGUUGGCGCCAUUUGUUGCACGCCGCACCCAAUUUGUGUACCCAUCUUGAUUUGGGUCAAUGGAAUACGAAGAUCGACGACAAAGCCAUAAUUUCUAUAACUGAUUUUGUUGGUGGUCGUGCCGUUUGCAUUGACAUCUCCAAUUGCUUCCACAUGACGGAUGAAGGUUUUCUGUAUCUAAUUAAUGAGGUUGGUAUGCUGGGUCGUCUCACCUCGCUCAGAAUGAGACUGAAUUGGGACUUACUGGCGAUGGCUAUAAUGGAUCUUACAGCGCCGCUGGUUGGCCGUUACCUUGAGGAGCUUGAUUUAAGCAAUUGCCGCAAAGUGCGUGACAAUGUUGUUGAAAGACUUAUUGGAUGGGAUGACCCUGAACUAGCUCGUCAAGGUACUAUCGAAGACUUGGAUUAUGCUAUUGAUCAAAUUGGUUGUAAGAAUCUCAAGGUCUUACAUUUGGGAUAUUGCAAGCAUCUCACUGACAACGUCAUGUUACAUAUUGCCAACCAUGCGCUGAAGCGUUUAGAAAUGUUGGAUUUGACUCGCUGUACUACUAUUACCGACCAUGGAUUUCAAUAUUGGCUGUACGUGCUGUUUCCCAACCUCAAAAAGUUACUGCUCAAAGAUUGUACUUUCUUGACUGAUAAACUGAUCAUUGCUCUUGCUCUGUCUUGUCAGAACCUUGAGAUCUUGGACCUCAAUUUCUGUUGUGCCCUUACCGACGUUCUGAUUGAAGUCUUAGCCAUGGGUUGUCAGCAGCUUCGGGAAUUGGAUAUGCUGUUCUGCGGACUGGCAGUGCUGGAUCUGCUGCUUGUGACAUUACUGAUGCUGCUAGACAAGUUGGAACGUCUCAUAGUCAAAGGUUGCAUUAGAAUUACCCGGGCUGGUGUUGACGCCUUAAUUCUGGGCAGAGCACCGCUUACCUUCAUUGACAUACGCCAGUGCAAGCACGUCAAUGUAUACCCCGAAGGAGUUCCGGCACAAACCCUCAACAUUAACCCUCAGACCCGUCUGGCAUUCGUUAAAGCUGGACCUUACCACAACGUGAUUGAAAUUGCGUUAUGA